UUCUCUCUUCAGGAUGCCUGAACCCGCCAAGUCCGCUCCCGCCCCGAAGAAGGGCUCCAAGAAGGCUGUGACCAAGGCGCAGAAGAAGGAUGGCAAGAAGCGCAAGCGCAGCCGCAAGGAGAGCUACUCCAUCUACGUGUACAAAGUGCUGAAGCAGGUCCACCCCGACACGGGCAUCUCCUCCAAGGCCAUGGGCAUCAUGAACUCCUUCGUCAACGACAUCUUCGAGCGCAUCGCCGGCGAGGCUUCCCGCCUGGCGCACUACAACAAGCGUUCCACCAUCACGUCCCGGGAGAUCCAGACGGCCGUGCGCCUGCUGCUGCCCGGCGAGCUGGCUAAGCACGCCGUGUCCGAGGGCACCAAGGCCGUCACCAAGUACACCAGCUCCAAGUAGACUGCUUGGCAGCUAGUGCCUUCCAACUACAACCCCA